AUGUCGUCUCCCGGUGGAAUGAACGGCAACAACAACAACGAUGACUUCAACACCAAGAUCGCGAUCCUCCUCGUCGGCGUCGGAUCCGCCGCCCUCGUCGUCACAAUCUACCACUGCAUCGCCGUGGGAUGGUGCAACCGCAACAAUUGGGGCCGGGUCGGCGGCGGCGGCGGGCUGGGGAACCAGCAGGGGGCGGGGGGACGGCGGCAGCAGCAGACGCGGCGGUUCAUGGCGGAGGUGCUGGAAGGGCACAGCAGCAUCGAGAGCUCGACGGCGGAGCUGAUCCCGGCGUACAAGUUCUACAAAGGGAUGGGGCUGAUGAAGGAGGACGGCGGCACGUGCGCGAUCUGCCUGUGCGAGUUCGAGGAAGGGGAGGAGUUGAAGACGCUGCCGGAGUGCGUGCAUUCGUUCCACGUCGGGUGUAUCGACAUGUGGCUGUAUUCGCACUCCAAUUGCCCGAUGUGCCGGACCGACGCCGCGCCGUCGCCUCUGGUGUCGAUUCAGGGCGGCGGCGACGUGGUCGGGGACGAGGAGCGGAAUUUGGGGGUUACGUUGGAGGGUAUUAUUGUACAUUCCGCACCGAGCCAGUGA